AUGGAGGACAUUGUUGCCUUGGGGAGGGCCAUGGGCCUUGAGGUCACAGAGGAGGACAUCUGUGAACUGGUGGUGGGUCAUGACUGGGAGCUGUCCACCCAGGAGCUGGUUGAGCUGCAGGCAGAGGCUAUGGAGGAGCAGGCCUCUUUGGGAGAGGAAGAGCCUGGGGAGGAACAGCUGUCCACCACUAAACUGAAGGAGCUCUUAGGGCUGCACCAGUUCGAGGAGGUGGCCGUGCACAGCGCCGAGGCCGGAGCCCUGCGCCGCGGCGACAACUACGAGGCGGUGACUUGGCUCUCGGACAGCGAGGUGGUGCGGCAGCCCAGCCCCGGCUGGAGCGCCCGGCAGUUCCGAGUGCGGCCCGUCCAGCCCUCCCUCGUUCUGCAGGACGGGGAUGUGAUCAGCCUUGGUGAUACACAGCUCACUGUCAUGCACAUGCCUGGGCAUUCAAGAGGAAGCAUUUGUUUGCACGACAAAGAACGGAAGAUCCUGUUCAGUGGGGAUGUUGUCUAUGAUGGCUCAAUGAUUGACUGGCUUCCCUACAGCAGGAUAAACGACUAUGUUGCAACCUGCCAGCGACUAAUAGAAUUAGUGAAUAGGGGCCUUGUGGAAAAAGUUCUUCCAGGGCAUUUUAACACAUUUGGAGCUGAACGGUUGUAUCAUUUGGCUUCCAACUACAUUUCCAAUGCUGGGCUUUGUCACAAGGUUUCUACAUGUGCAAUGAGAUCAGUCGCAAGCCUAGCGCUUCGUGCGACAAAUUCUAGAACAGCAUCAUAGUGUUUAAAACCUAUUGGCAUGCAUGCAUUUCUUUAAAGGAGAAUCAGACGAAUAAACCACAAAGAUUCUUAUUUUUAUCAACUUCAUUUCUAUUUUAAAAAUUACCAAUAUAAGCUAGUAGCUGUGCCAAAGCUACUCAUUUUUCCUUCAGGCUUUCAAGACAAGUUUGCACAUAUGUUGAAGUUAGUUGACAGCUAUUCUAAACAUGUUGUUUUGCAUAUUAAAGCCUUCUUAUUCAUAAAUUUGAAAAGAUUUGCAUUUGUGUAAAAUCUUUUGCGGAGAUCUUGAGUUAGGAAUUUCUGCUACAUAGUUUAAGUGGCUGUAGUUCAUUAUGAGCAGUAUUUUGGGGAUGGGGUGGGAGAAAAAACAUUCCACUGUCUAACUUGAUGCACUGUUAAAAAUAUCCAAUCCUUUAUUUUCUUUGCUCGUAUAGGUGAACGUAGGUAAAGGUACCCCUUGACAUUUAGUCCAG